AUGAACUCGGCCGUCGUUGCUCUCAAACGUGCCUUGCGGAAAGACAUUAAGGCUCAACUACAAAGCCUUACACCUGCAACCCUUGCAACCGAAUCACAACAGGUCGUUGAUCGCCUAUUAACCUUGGAAGAAUACCGUGCAAGCAAGCAUGUCAGCGUGUAUAUCAGCAUGCCUAGUGGCGAGGUGGAUACUAGAGCCAUCAUUCGUGAUCUCUUACAUUCUGACAAAACAUGCUAUGUGCCGCGUUGGACCAAGGAUGCUAUGGAGAUGGUCAAGAUCAAGUCUUGGGAUGAAUACUUGGCAUUGCCUGUCAACAAGUGGAAUAUACCCGAACCACCCCAUGAUCAAGUGAUGGAAAACGCAUUCGACAAGGAUGGAUUGGAUUUGAUCAUUGUACCAGCAAUGGGCUUCGAUGAAGAGCGUAACCGGAUUGGUCAUGGAAAAGGCUACUAUGACAAGUUUAUCCAAAACUGCCAUGCUUGGGCUGAAGAACAUCAAAGGGCAGCACCAAAAACAGUUGGAUUGGCGUUGAACGCCCAAGUGCUUGAAAAGGGCCGGAUCCCAUUAGAGCCAACCGAUCAAAAGAUAGAUUGCAUCUUGACACCAACCAAAGUUAUUCAGUAA